AUGCAGCGAACUCAGAGAUUUGCGCUCUCCCCACUUCCUGAUAUCACCCGUAAUCCUUCCGCACCACUGCGUCCUGCACAUCGUCCUACUCCAGAAUUCCUCAUAAUUGGUCUUUUUGCGCUACGUCUCACAAAACGCCUCAUUGUGAGUCUCGAUUAUUACCCAGGUCGCGAUGCCGACAUCAUCUGGCUUGUCAACUUCCUUGCGCCUUACCCGGAAGAUUGUAAACUAGCGAAGAUCUCAGGCAGUCGAAGGGAUGACUAUCUUGCGAUGUAUCAAAACGUAGUGUCGCGGAUGAAGAAGCAGCCAAAGUACCCCGUGCGAUUCAUGCAGAUGAAUCCGGAUUCAUCGAUUCAACAGGCACGGCGAGGGCGCGAGAUAGAACGGCCGAGGGAGAUGACUGAUUCAGAAAGAUUAGACAUCAUUGACUUCUGUGAUGCGGCAGCCGAAUGGGGCUCCAUGCUUCCGAUUCCAGUGCAUGAAGCGGAGAAGAUGGUCGAAUUGGCCGACAGGAGGAAGGUCGCAGACGUCGACGAACCUUAUCGGCAGCAAUCGCACUAUAGCAAUUGGGAGGAGUCGCACGGUCAAAGACAGUCACGUUUCAACGACAGGGACAAUAUGCAAGAUCAGAGGCAAUCGCAAUUCGCGCCGAAUGCCUUACCACGCGAUAUGGAAAGGCCAGUCCAUGAACCAAGGCAACCAGAACGCGAGGAUAGAUAUCAGCCACACAACGCUGGAACGUGGCGUGGCGACGAGUAUCUCAUUGCAGAAGGAAGGCAGCUUGCGGAAGACAGGCGACGGAGACGUCGUGUGUCGUUUGCAGAUGAAGAAUCAUAUCUUGAUGCAAGAGGCAUGCGCCGGUGA